AUGGACGAUAUUAAUUUUAGUAAAAGACAGCUCAUUCUUAGCAUUGUUGCCGUAGCUUUGGUAGUUGUUAUCACCUUGGCUUUAAUCAUAGUCACUUCCAUUUUUUGGAUUCCUUUGCUUAUAAUCACCUCCCCUAUCCUCCUUAUUUUAGGUUUGUUGGUCAAAUUCACUAAUCUUGGUUCUCCCUUUUAAUAAGCCUACUACAAGGCAUAUGAUUGGGUUUUCUACAAGUCUGAAAGACCUAGAAAAUUCAUGUGGAGUCUCAUUUACAACACCAUGUGUUUACUUUAUCCCAGCACCUAAUGGAAGGCCAUGAAUUACGGAUAUUCUGUUUUGAGUGGAAAUGGUCAUCUUAUCUAAAACUUACAAGCUGAAGAUGAAGAUGAAAGAUUCUGUUUACAACUUUAUCACUACAUUGCUACCUAAUUUGGUUCAGUUAAGAACUUAAAUGGUUUGAGAGUUUUGGAAGUCGGUAGCGGCAGAGGUGGUGGUUUAAAUUACAUCUCAAGAUACUUAAAUCCUCAAGAAUGCUUUGGUGUUGAUUUCUCUGAAAAUUAAAUUAGAUUCUGCAGACACCACUAUUCCUAAAACAAAAAACUCUAAUUCUUCAAAGGAGAUAGCUAAGCCUUAGAUUAAAUUCCUGAAAUUUAAGAAAAUUCAUUUGAUGUAGCUAUCAAUGUUGAAAGUAGCCACUGUUAUGGAAAUUUCGACUAGUUCAUUUAAUAAAUAAAUAGAGCCUUAAAACCUGGUGGUUUCUUCUGUUUCACAGAUUUCCGUACUGAAUUAGAAUGUUAAUAACUCGAUACUUACUUCAAGUCCUUACCUUAUUUCUAAGUAAUUAAGAGUGAAGACAUCACAGUAAAUGUCCUUUAAAGCUUAAAAUAAGAUGAAAAGAGAAGAUCCAGUUUAAUUGAAGGAAAUGUUUCUAAGCUCUUAAAGCCCUUUUUUAGAAAGUUCAGUGGACUUAAAGGCACUAGAAUCUUUUAAGAAUUUGAAGAAAAGAAGACUUUAUAUGUUGCUUACAUUUUACAAAAGAAGCUUUGA